UUUGGGCAGUGAAUGUUUGCUGAUGCUUGUUAAAUGUUGGAGACUUGCAAUUCAAUGGAAAAUGUUGAUUCUUCAGGUUGUUUCGUUGUCUCUGGGUUGACAAAUAUGUAAAUGAUGUGGCAAAAUUUUCUCCAUUGUAUAAUCGCUAUUAAUUUCACUGGCCGAUUACCCGAGAGCCCGAAAGAGAGACCUUCUUAUGUGAAAUUGCUCAUCAGGCUGUAAUAUAUUGGGAAAAACUAAAAUUGACCUAAAAAAACGCUGAGAGUAAUCUGCUUUACUUUCGUUGUAACUCACUACCUUUACAAUCGAUAAUUGUUCUUGCCUUUAAAUACAUACAAAAUCCUUCAAUCGUUGACUUCUUUUUUCUUACUGAAACCGCAGAAGUGGUGCUAGGUCCCACCACAUGCUUUGAGUAUGUCUAAUCUGGCGGGUUUAACAUUGAUAAGAAUAUCUUCAGCCAAAUCCGAUUUUUGCUGGAGCCUGAAUGAAAAAUAUCGUUCUUCUAGUUCCUCUAUUCCUGUGCGAGACUUUGUAAGGAAUUCUGGGAAAUGAAAAUUCCUUUGCUUUUGAAAUAACUGCGUUAAUUUUCUAAAAGUGCCCUUAAUUGUGAGUUUGGGGCUCUUUGUAUAGAUUCGUCAGUUUGAAUAGGCCCAGUAGUGCAAUAAACCCGCAAUAAACUGGUCAGACAUGAUGAACAUUGCAGCAAAAAUGACUUUUUAAUCUCGAAAAUUUACCACAGGGCGUUGAAAAAUUUUAGUCUAUUGGGUUACUUGGAAAGUUUUAGCAAGCAGCUAUAUACAAGCUACCCAUUGCUAUCUCAACUUUGGUUGAAAAUUGAUCUAAGUUCUGGAGCAUGCCUGGUGUUAUGUGUCGAUUAAAGUAAGUUUUUGAGUUGCAUUUUCAAAUGUCUUUGAAUGUUUAUUUUCUUUGAAAAUUUUCAACAAAUUGAAUUUGUUCCUUGAUUGAACUGAGGGGUCGAGUGGAAGUAUACCUUCUUUUGUUACAGGAAAGGGGAAUUUUUACUACUGAAGCAUCCCUAUCCUUUAAUUUAAGAACGUUUGCAAAUAUUGCUUUGCUGCCUAAACCCACACUACUAACCCCUGGAAUAAGGGACAGAAUGCCGGUUCCCUGGAUCUGCAGUUACAGAGGGACCUAUUUGCACCCUUAUUGAGACUCAGACCUUUCAUGUCCUUAUAAAGAGGAAACUUUCAUUAAUCCAUCACGUGUCUCAUCGUCUAUAAGUAGUCGAGCCCUUAGAUGACGAAAAUUAACAAACCAUAGCACUAAUCACCCUUAACCUUAAGAAAUUGCUUUAAAAUCCUUCUUUUAGAACUGACGCAGAUAUAAUUCUUUCAACCGUAGGGCACCUUUUCCUGUUUCACUGACAUAGAUGAAUAGGAAGGAAAGCUAUAAGUUUGGGAGUAACAAAGAUGAUAAUUGGUUUCUAGUCUGAAAUUGAAUUGAAUUUGUUGUACGAAAACUCAUUGCUUUGCAAGCGCCUCUCGCUGAUUUUACUUCGAAGUUUUUUGUUUACAUAAUCGUUUGCAAUCAAAUCCAUUCUCCACUCUAAAUGAAUAUUUUCAAAAAUACCAGAAUGCAAUGACCAAAUCUCAGCAUUAGGUAGAAGCUAAUUUUCUAUGGGAUGUUGUAAAUAGGAUUCUGGUCAGCUUCCUUAAUACAGGGUUACUCUUGAAACCAAAACCGCAGAAUAAACUCUCGUCUUGUCACACCACUCCUCUUUAAAUUAUGCAGCGGUAUCCUGGAUCUGAGGUGGACUCAUGAUGGUUCGGCAUCUUUGUGUUAGCUUGAGUUUAUACCUGCGAAAUAAACAACAAACAAGUACAAAAAUAGAAAUUUAGGUGCAAAGUAAUAUGGCAUCUCAAGGCAUUGAGAGGUAUAAGGCCAUCGUUUUUAAGGCCAAUGGCAUCGUUUUUAAGGCCAUGUCAGUAUGUCAGUGGAAUACUCUCAUCAUCAUACAAAAUUUGUUACACAAACAAAGAUACCUAGACGAAAAAAAACCUUUAAGACAGUUUAGAAGGUAUUAUUUGUGUACAGAAAAGAUUUUGAUAUUUUGAGCUUUUCGCUUUGCUGAAUAGAAAUGCGUUUCUUUUGAAGCUCUUUUUGGCUCGUAUUCUCUUGAAGACCGUUGGUGUAGCUAGGGGGUGUAGGGGUUGUGACCCCACCCCCCCCCCAAUUCUUCAAGAGUUGGUCGGUUAAAUUUCAGUUGGUCCAUAAAGUCUUUAAUUUGUUAGUAAAAUUAUCUAACAGUAGAUGAAAUAGCACCUAAGUUUUUCUUCAUCUAUGUCUUCGACGGUCAAGCUACGCCACUGUUACGCUACGUUAUGUCUUCGAUGGUGAUAAGGUAAAAAUUUCUUUGAGAGUUUGAAAAAAUUGCGGCAAACCAGUUUCACUUCUCAAAGAAGCUUUACGUCUUUUCAAUGAAACUUCUAUUCUUUUUUGAUUUUGAACUUUGUCUGCUAAACAACUUGGGCUGCCUUAGGGGCUAGAUAUUUAGAAGAAGUAUAUGUGAGUAUCAACACCCAAAAAAACUUUUGUAAGAUCACUUUUUAAAAACAGAUUCGCGGUAUGACUUCGGUAUCACUUGAACGAUAAAAACUUAUGGCGACUGAUAAGAUGGGCACAACCUAAUUGAGAAGCAUUCAGGAAGUGCAAAUCGGUGUGCAAACGUGAUCCUGAUGAGUUUCUUCCUGAAUAGUUAAUUUGCCCACCACUUUAGGCAUUACAAUAUGGCAGGUUUCAUUCAGCAUUGAGCUUUGUUGCUUGCUGCCGCCAAUACAUGCAUUAAAGUACGAACUCCAUCAGUUGUGGUCGCUGUUUGCGCCAACAAAUAGCAGUCAGUUGUUAGGAGAAAUGAUGAAUUGCGAUUCAUGCAGCUGACGGGGGAUUGGAACUAAUGGCUGUAAUCAAAAAUAGUUACAGGUACAGGGGGCAAAGCAUGUAUAUUUUGUUAAGAGAAGCUAGGCACAAUGAUUUAUCUUGGCAUAGAAACUGACAAUAUAAUGUUUAUUGGAGUGCAGCAGAACCCCACCCUUCCCCAAUUAACAAGCCUACAGGACUUCAAGGUUAUCGAAGGCCCAAAUAUGUCGAAGGCCAUGAUGUGAUAGAGGGUGCUUGUCUUCAUCUACACGUAUACUCAAUGAAGAUAUAGCUGCUUUGCAUCAGUUUCAUUCUAGGGUAUUAUGCACAUUAAAAAGCGUCUAUGCUGUAAUGAAGUUACAGUAUCAUGAGCAAAUAAAUGAGACAAAAAUUGUCCUUAUCAUAAUCUGACAACCGUGGGAACACAGUUGCGACAGAAAGUGUAAAGCGAUAACGUUAAUUAUAUUGAAUUUUGUUUAAAACGAGAGAAUUAGAAAUCAAGUGGCUAGAUAAAGUGAUCGCAGAGAAACGAAUGAUUUUUUAUCAGUAUGGGUCACUAAUGAUGCUUUAUUAUCUACUGAGGAAGCUUUAUUCUUUGUGCAGAAAAAUCACUAAAAGUAAGCUUUGAGUUUUUCUGGUUGCUCUGCGGUAAGGCAUCUUACAUAAAGCCCUUUUUAUACUGAAGAAGUUAGGCCAUUGCUAUUUUUGAUAGUAGUGUAUUGACUUUAAUGUGUCUCAUUUCAUUGAGGUGUAUUGUUGAGAAGAUUACUGUUGUAAUCACGUGCUGAAAAUUCAAGCAAACGAUUGGGGGACAUUCACUUGACAUCAGACAUGUCCCUGCUUGUCACGAGCACGAUUUAUAUUAAAGCUUUUCCAUCCACAACCAUAGGCCAAUCCUAAUUAAAUAUGCGAUUGAUUUAGUGAUAUACAUCAUUCCCCCCGAUUUCUCAUGGAUGCUAAUUUUUUGCCACCAGCUGACUUCAUAGGUCAAGGAAACACGAUAUUAAUGAAACACCGGAGAUACAGUUUUAAGCAAAUGAAAGAUUCAUCAUUUUGGAAAGCAGACAUAACCGUUAAGCAAGUUGGAGCUCCUGAUGAGAUACCAAUGUGCCCGCAGAAGAUUUCAAAUCCAAAGCUGACAUUUUUGGACCUUUGGUAGAAUCAAUUAGUCACUUCAACCUAAAGCCGAUGCCACGCUGUCACCUGUUUGUAGAGUCUGAGUGUGAGACAGAACAAAGCCCCAGUGUUGGUGUUGUUCUCCUGGAGAAAAGUGAUUUCAUGUAGCCGCUCUACUAACUGAGACACCAGCAAUUUGCCGAUUUUCUUUGCAUAGAAACAUAAAAACAAUUGCACUGGGCAUUGUUCGAGAUCGUAUAUAGACAUUAAAGUAUAAAGACAUUACAAUUACAUUUGUACAAUGUACUCUUCGGACAUGGUAUAAACACGACAGCAGCCGGAAUUGCACAACUCUAAUAUACUAGAAUCAGGGGAAAUAAGUGAAUCAAGAGAAAUUUUUAAACUAUAAACUGUUCAUAUAUGCUUGCUGAAAUUGCAUUACCUUCUUGCAAAGCUUGAGUGAGACUUAGCAACAGGCCUUAAGGUCUUGUCACUGCGAGGCAUCAACUUGUGUGACGCAUUGCAAUAAAAACUGGCAUGCACCAAAAUCAAUCAAUUCAUCAAGCGUCACAGUUUAAGAACAAACGUUUUUUGCUGUUCUGAAAAACUUUCGAGUCACUUUAGAGUAAGCAAUGAAGAGUUCACCGGUCUUUGACAACAUAUAAUUGUAAACUUUCAGCUACAUAUUGUUCCUUGAACAUGUCUUUACGACGCAUCAAACGUAACACGAGCAGUUUGCUUGCAAGGCGGUCCCGUUCUGACUUCACAAUUACAACGGAGCGGAUGCAGAAUGUCGAAAGUGGUUACGAAGAAAUGAAUUAUGAAGUUUCAAGAAGCGAUAUCGCAGAAGAUUUGCGAAGCAUCGGUAAUAAAUACGACAAGCUAGUACUGAAGAUGUUUAGUCAACGAUCACAUCUUAGAGGCGAUCUGAUGUUGCUGAAGAAAGACGCGAAACUUCUUCGAAAUGAAAUGAAAUACUUAAUUGUAAAGCAUGACAAUACUACUGCAUUCAAAAAAGGCUUCGGAUCAGAAAGUCACGAGAAAGAAAGAGUACUUAAAGCUGAAAUCGUUACCAAAGAAAUGGGACAGCUUGAGCUUGCUCUUGCUGACCUUAUGUCAAAGUAUUAUUUUCUUUUGCAGCAAACCAAUACUCUCAAAGAGAUAAAUUCCUUGUGGCAUAUUCGUUCUGUGCUGAAAUCUGACUUUUUCCUGGUAAAGGCGCAAGCUGCAAAAUCUGGAGUAGCAUCCAUUCGAGAUAGUAUUGUCAGAAAAGAUGCAAAAGAAGUCAAGAACGAGAAUGAAAACCUUGCUCAGAAGCUUCGCUGGUUGACAAAGUUAGGCCACGAAUUUCACGAGGAGCUUUCUGAACUGAAGGCUGCAAGAGCCGCGUUGGUUAAUGGACGAACCUACCUGGGGAGGGAAUACAAUAACAACAGUGCAGCUGAUGUAACUCAAGAGAGCAUUCCUUUAAAAAUGGACAUAGAUGCCAUUUCUAAGGACGUUCGACAAGCUGAAGUACGCAUUAUUGAUUCGUUACAGGAGAGAAUUGAUGCCUUAGAUAGGCUCAGUGAUGCCUUUAAGCUCGUUAUGAUUAAAGGUGGUUUUGUUAGCGUUCAGGAUUUAGAACACAUCCAAGUUGAUAGCACACCCACAAGUGCCUCAGUCUCAAAAGAAGGUCAUGAGAUAAGUAGCUUUUGUAGAAUUACUGCAAAUCAAACGGGAGUUCUGCACGAUUUGAAGCAAUUCUCUGUUGACAGUGAUGAGGAAGUCGAAGAAGUCCAGGUUCGCUAUAUUCGGCAGGAAGACAUAGAUGAUACCGAUCUUAGAUGUCUGUCUCUAGGAGAGAGAAAGCGCUACGAGAAAGAGAGUGCCGGCAAACAAUCUUUUUACGGAGGCCUGGACAAAAGUGCGUCGUCUAGAAUGAUUCAUAAAUCAAAGCAAAGCAAGCAGAAGCUGCUUGACGUUGUGAAAACACAGUCAAGUGGCUAUGAAUCAAUAAAAACUGAAGAAGUGAAUAAAUAUUCUUUUCAUGCCGCUUUGUCGGAAAGUGAGGAAUUCUUUGAUGCGGAAGAAAGCUUUACCAGUGCUGUUACAGUGUGGCUGCGUCCAGAAGCGUGUGUUUUAAGCCGUACAGAGAGCGAAGAAACACUGACUGAUGAAAUUAACAAUAUCAAAGAAAGUGAGGAGGAAAUAUGUAAUGCCAUCGAGAGAAAAUUUGAAGAAGAAAUAGGUGAAGAUCAGGGUCAAGAUCAAAGAAGCCUUCUGUCGAGAUUUUGUCUUUCAAAGGACCACGAUGGCCUAUCAUAUGUCUCAAGUUCAAGUGAAGAAAAUCUGGAAGAAAAAGGGGUGAAUAUUACUUCAACCGACUGUAAAGAUCACCAUGAAAGGUUUUUUAUGGCGAAAAGUUUCUUUGAGACGAAUUUCGAUACGAAGGACAAUAUUCAUUUUGUUCAAAGCGACGAAACUGCAGAAAUAAGCAAGACUGAGGCCGAAACUGGGGAUGUUUCAAAUAAUUUUAAGAACAAAAUUACGGUAGGUGACGAAAUUAUCGUUAAAGGACCACCAGAAACGGCCAAAGGGAAAGAAAUUCUUGGUACGAUCUGUCUCAAUCCAACCGUACUUACUACUGGGUUAACGGAACCAACGCCAAGAGAUAAAAUAUUGAAUCCGGAAGAUCGGCCAGUUUUCUACGAUCCAGCAGGGGUAUGGAAGGGAAUUAUCAAAAAGCCAAGCAACCCUGAAAAGAAACUGUUUAAAUCUAAUACAUUAGAAAGAAAACCUAAGCAAAAGGUUGACGAACAAUCAAGUUCUGUCGCAGAGAAGAGAGAUGUUAGCAAUCGAGUGGUUAGUAGGAACAAAACGCUGCCAAGAGGUUUUAAAAGCACCAAGAAAGCAGACGAGGGGGCAGAUGUGGGUGCUGUUAUACCAAGAAGGCCAUCAGCGACAAAAAUGGCAUACAGUGACACUUGCAGCUCUUUGCCCCGGAGCCAGAAGUUGUUGAAAUCUCAAAAGCCUGUAAGCCAUGCUCCCAGGGUAAACCCUGAACCGGUUUCAAAUGUUUCAAAUGAAUCUCCUAAACAAACAUUGCAAAAGAGAUCAACAACACGACCGGUUAGUCAGGUCGUCUCGAGCAGGGCUUCAUCCAACUUGAAAUCGAAUCUUCCUGUAACUGAAAGCGCGGGACGUCCGCAAAGUAGAACUGGUAGUUAUCAGCAGAACAGACCAUUGUCAAGGACUGGUAGCAUGAGAAAAAGAGAAAACGAACCAAGCACAGGAGCCUCUCCACGAAGACCGGCAAGCCGUGGUUCUGUUUGUCUUGAAAACCUUGCUGAUGAUUCACGACCAGCUAGUCGCACUGGCACAUCCAGACAAGGACGUGUCUCAAUAUACGGGACACUCCCACGAGUUCGUAAAGGGAGCAAGCCCAUUAAUUCCCAAAACACAAGUUAUGAAAAAGAAUCUGAGAGUAAGAAUUCUACUAAGCCAGUGUUCGAUGCCUCGAUGUCGUCCACUAAGGAAACUCAGAAUUCCGAAACACUUCACACCGUUGUUAGACCGUGCAAGAGCUCAGAGGAACUCCAAAUGAUACCCCAGCUGCAAUACGACAAUCAUGAGGCGAGAUUUUUCACUGAGCCAGGCAAUUCAAGUCAUCAGGGAAAAUCCUGCAGUACACUGCCCCGCCCUCGUAUCAACAACACUACUGACAAAAACAAAAAUGAAAUUAGGGUACCUGCAGAAACUACAAAGUCCGGAUCAGACACGUUGAAGAAAAGGAAAAUACUUUCUUCUAUAACGAAGAAGCAAAAAACGGCUGGUGAUCAAGAACAGAGUGGAAAACCAAUUAAAUUGGAAAGCGAGAAAAAGAAUAAAAAGAAGGUGUCUGAGAAGGCAGCCAUCUUCAUGCACAAUGCUUUGCGUUUUGUUUCGUCCGAUUCAAAAUCUAAAACAAAAAGCAGCAACAGAAAUAUAAACAAUCAAAAUACAGAUACUCAGGUAAAACGGCGACCGCAAAGUGUGGGUAACUAUCAAGAACACAGAAAAUCCUUCAUUCCAUUGCCUUCUUUUUCAUGAGACAUUCGGGUAGCCCAAAGGAUUGUUUUAAAUUUUUUUAGUAAUAUGUAAACAACUGUAAAUCAGUAUUUGAUAUGUUAAUCCUCAUUCUUUGUUGAUAUGUAAGGAAAAACCAAGCGCUACUUGUCUCUUUGUCUUGCCUUGAGCACUUUUGAAGCCGGUCAUGAGCCCAGUGGUUGACAUCGUUAUCAAUUGAGCAUGCUAGAACUUUUGCUCAUGAUUCCGUUUAACCAAAACCAGCCUCAAAGCAUAAGUAUUCAGUAUAUUUCUGCAUAAUAAAAACGUAGGCGGAAUUAAACUUUUGAAGAAUAUUCAGAAAAUUAAUAUUUUUUGACACACUCUUUCUCGUCUCCCCUGCAAAAAAUAUCUCUCAAAACAAAUCUUUUCCACACGUUUGAUCUUGAUGAUUAGGCAUCUUCCCUAACUAUGUUAAAAAAAUUUCAAUAUUAUUAAAAGUUAGGAAUUUCGAACAAAAGCUUCUUAACUUUAGCAAUAUUAGCACUAAAUUUUCACAGCUCUUCUUAUUGGCUCUAAGGUUUCUUAUUUGCGAACCAAUGUUUGUCAAUACAUACCGAGAGGAGAGGAAUUCCGUCGCCUUAGGAAA